GGGGACCCGCCUUCAGCCUGUGCCAGCGGCCGGCCGGGAGUAGAGGCGGCAGGGAGGCCGGGUGCGGGCAAGGCGGCGGGCCCAGCCGGUCACGUGGGCCUGACAGCUGGGGAGGGGGCGCCGGCCGGCCCCCACGGCCAGCAUGUUCUCCAGGAAGAAGCGAGAGCUCAUCAAGACCCCGUCCAUCUCCAAGAAGAGCCGCGCGGGGAGCCCCUGCCCGCCCGCGGGGGAGCUGUCGAGGAAAGAUGGGGACACGGCAUCCCUGGGACCCGGCCCCGAGACCCCCGGGGGGACCCUCAAGCGGCCCACCAGCCUCAGCCGCCACGCCAGCGCCGCCGGCUUCCCGCUGUCUGCGCCCGGCUCCUGGACGCUCGGCCGUGGCCACCGCAGCCCGAUGGCAGCCACGGAGGCCCCCGGGGAGGCUCCCGUCGAUGCCGCCGCGGUGGAGGACAUCUCCCAGCUGCUGGCCGACGUGGCCCGCUUCGCCGAGGGUCUGGAGAAGCUCAAGGACUGCGUCCUGCACGACGACCUCCUGGAGGCUCGCCGGCCGCUGGCCCACGAGUGCCUGGGCGAGGCCCUGCGGGUGCUGCGCCAGGUGAUCUCAAAGUACCCACUGCUCAACACCUUGGAGACCCUCACGGCCGCUGGCACGCUCAUCGCCAAGGUCAAAGCCUUCCACUACGAGUGCAACAAUGACUCCGACAAGCAGGAGCUGGAGAAGGCGCUGGAGACCAUCGCAGUGUCCUUCAGCAGCACCGUGUCCGAGUUCCUCAUGGGUGAAGUGGACAGCAGCACCCUCCUCUCGGUGCCCCCCGGGGACCCCAGCCAGUCCAUGGAGACCCUGUAUGGCCAGAGCGGCGAGGGCGCGGCGGGGCCGGAGGACUGUGACACGGGCUGCCCGGCCCCGGAGGAGGUGGACGUGGUGCUGCAGCGCUGCGAGGGCGGCGUGGAGGCGGCGCUGCAGUACGCCAAGAGCAUGGCCAAGUACAUGAAGGACCUGGUGGGCUACCUGGAGAAGCGCUCGGUGCUGGAGAUGGACUUCGCCAAAGGCCUGCAGAAGAUCGCACACAACUGCCGCCACACGGUCACGCAGGAGCCGCACAUGCCUCUGUUGUCCAUCUACUCGCUGGCCCUGGAGCAGGACCUGGAGUUUGGCCACAACUUGGUGCAGGCGGUGAACACACUGCAGACCCAGACUUUCGUCCAGCCCCUCAGCGUGAGGCGCGUGGAGCACGAGAAACGCAGGAAGGAGAUCAAGGAGGCUUGGCACCGCGCCCAGAGGAAGCUGCAAGAGGCCGAGGCCAACCUGCGCAAGGCCAAGCAGGGCUAUGUGCAGCGCUGUGAGGACCACGACAAGGCGCGCGGCCAGGUGGCCAAGGCUGAGGAGGACCAGGGGGGCUCGGGGCCCGGGGCGGGGGGCGCCGCCUCCAAGGCCCUGGACAAGCGGCGGCGGCUGGAGGAGGAGGCCAAGAACAAGGCGGAGGAGGCCAUGGCCACGUACCGCACCUGCGUGGCUGACGCCAAGACGCAGAGGCAGGAGCUGGAGGACACCAAGGUCACCGCGCUGAGGCAGAUCCAGGAGGUCGUGCGGCAAAGUGACCAGACCAUCAAGUCUGUGACCAUCUCCUACUACCAGAUGAUGCACAUGCAGACGGCGCCGCUGCCCGUGCACUUCCAGAUGUUGUGUGAGAGCAGCAAGCUGUAUGACCCGGGCCAGCAGUACGCCUCGCAUGUGCGCCAGCUGCAGCGCGGGGAUGAGCCCGACGUGCACUAUGACUUCGAGCCGCACGUGCCCGCCAGCGCCUGGUCUCCGGUCAUGCGCGCCCGCAAGGGCAGCUUCAAUGGAGGGGAUGCCGCAGGGGCUGAGGGCUCAGGCAGCCCGGCUGAGGAGGGGGCGCCGGCCAAGGAGUCCAGGGGCGGGCGGGGGCACCAGGUGCACAAGUCCUGGCCCAUGGCCAUCUCGGACCCCGACAGCGGCCUGGAGCCUGGUCCCGGCACAGGGGACUUCAAGAAGCUGGAGCGCAGGUCAUCCACCGGCACUCUGUCAUCAGCUGAGGAGCUGGCGGAGCCCGAGGGCGCAGCAUUUGGGCAGGCAGACCUGAACCGCCUGACCCCGGAGCUGAGCGUGGACGUGCCCAGCGGCCCCUUCCGCCACGUGGGUCUGUCCAAGGCCGCGCGCACACACCGCCUCCGCAAGCUGCGUGCGCCCGCCAAGUGCCGGGAGUGCAACAGCUACGUGUACUUCCAGGGCGCCGAGUGCGAGGAGUGCUGCGUGGCCUGUCACAAGAAGUGCCUGGAGACGCUGGCCAUCCAGUGCGGCCACAAGAAGCUGCAGGGCCGGCUGCAGCUCUUCGGCCAGGACUUCGUGCAGGCCGCGCGCGCCUCCCCCGACGGCGUCCCCUUCCUGGUCAAGAAGUGCGUGCAGGAGAUCGAGCGCCGGGCGCUACACACCAAGGGCAUCUACCGGGUAAACGGCGUGAAGACGCGCGUGGAGAAGCUGUGUCAGGCCUUCGAGAACGGCCAGGAGCUGGUGGAGCUGUCGCAGGCCCCGCCGCACGACAUCAGCAACGUGCUCAAGCUCUACCUGCGCCAGCUGCCAGAGCCGCUCAUCUCCUUCCGGCUGUACCACGAGCUGGUGGGGCUGGCCAAGGACAACCUGAAGGCCGAGGCUGAGGCCAAGGCAGCGUCCCGAGGCCGGCCGGACGCGGAGACCAGUGAGGCGGCAGCCCUGGCCAUGGCAGGUCGGCUGCGGGAGCUGCUGAGGGAGCUGCCCCGGGAGAACAGGGCCACGCUGCAGUACCUGCUGGGGCACCUGCGCAGGAUCGUGGCCCUGGAGCAGGACAACAAGAUGACUCCGGGGAACCUGGGCAUCGUGUUUGGGCCCACGCUGCUGCGGCCACGGCCCACGGAGGCCACCGUGUCGCUGUCCUCGCUGGUGGACUACCCGCACCAGGCCCGCGUGGUGGAGACCCUCAUCUCCCACUACAACCUGGUCUUCGACGGGGAUGCAGAGGCGCAGCCCGGGGGCCAGGAUGAGCCGCCCCCCCAGCGGGUGGAGGUGCUGGUGCAGCUGCCCUACCUAGAGGCCGGCGAGGACGCCGAGGACGGAAGCCAAGCCUGUCUGUACCCCUCGCCCCCAGAAUGCCGCCUCACCUCUAACGACUCGGACUCGGAGCUGGAGGACCCCCUGGCGCUGUCGGGGGUGGGGGUCGGCCUGAAACGGCUGAGCUUCCUGGAGACGCCUGGUGGCCGGCCUGAGGCCGGGCACAGCUGUGGGCACAGCCGCGGGGACAGCCUCAGCGGCAGUGGCAGCGAGGAACUGCUGGGGCCCGGGGAGCCGGGGGAGCUGGGGGACGCGGCCCCCAGAUGGGAGGGGCUGGGCGGCUACAACACCAACCAGAGCAACAACCGGCUCCCUGGCCGGCCGCUGGCCAUGAGGCUGCGCGGGGACCGGCGCCCCCAGUUCGUGUAGCCUGCGCCCCUCCUGCCUGACUCUGGGGUCAGGGGGCGCUGGUGGCCAGCCCCUCUGUCCUGACGGUUCUGCUUCAGUGAAGGCCUUGUCUGAGCCCCCGCCCGUGGGUGGGUGGUCUGGGGUCCUCACGGCAGGGCAGCCCACCUCUCUGAUGCUUCUAGAAGCGCUGGGUUCAGUGUCCCCACAGGGAGCAGGAUGGGAGCAGCGGCCCCACAACCCCGCCCCUGGAGACAGAGGCUCAGCCCCCCUUCCAGAACCCCCCGCCCCCCGACUAUCCCUCUGGCCACAGCAGGUCUGGGGGGCGGCCUGUCCCCAGGCCAGACGGUUAACGGCUGAAGGGGCGCAUCCCUUAGCAGGGGCCACGAGCCCCAGGACGGUCCGGGGUGCUUUCACCCUCUAACCAAUAAAGCUUUCUGUAAACAAAGAA